AAUUGCUUUCGUGUUCAACGACACUUCCUUGGUAUCUGGGAGAACGGGAGCGGUUGAUUGCCGAUCUCCUGCUUUCCCUGCAACAACCCUUCUUCUCUUGUGACCCAAAGUCUAUAUUGACCCAUAACCAGAACAUUCAAACCUUUUGUGGGUUCUUUCCUUCAGUUUGAUUUCAAUUCUUGCAGUCAUGGCAACGAGUGGAAACCAGAAUAUCAACGCCAAACUUGUCCUUCUUGGAGAUGUGGGAGCUGGAAAAUCUAGUCUAGUUCUGCGUUUUGUUAAAGGCCAGUUUGUUGAUUUUCAGGAAUCAACCAUAGGUGCUGCAUUUUUCUCGCAAACGUUGGCUGUCAAUGAUGCAACAGUAAAGUUUGAAAUUUGGGAUACAGCAGGUCAGGAAAGGUAUCAUAGCUUGGCUCCCAUGUAUUACAGAGGAGCUGCUGCUGCAGUUAUUGUGUAUGAUAUAACGAAUCAAGCUUCAUUUGAGCGUGCCAAAAAAUGGGUGCAAGAGCUUCAAGCGCAAGGUAAUCCAAACAUGGUUAUGGCACUAGCUGGAAAUAAAGCUGAUUUGCUUGAUGCAAGGAAGGUGACUCCAGAGGAAGCACAAACAUAUGCUCAGGAAAAUGGCCUUUUCUUUAUGGAAGCUUCUGCAAAGACUGCAAUUAAUGUCAAUGACAUUUUUUAUGAAAUAGCAAAAAGGCUGCCUCGAGCACAACAGUUGCAGAACCCUUCAGGAAUGGUUCUAACAGAUAGAGCAAUUGAAAAAACUACCAGUUCAUCAUGCUGUUCUUGAAAUUUCCGUGUGCUGCUUCAUCCGCAUCAUCUUGUAUUUAUCAACCCCUGCUCCAUUUGCACCAGUGGUUUUCCUUCUGUAAAAAGCAAAACUCACGUCUUUGGUUGUUUAUUUAUUUAAAUCUGUAAUUGAAUAUUAUUACUUGAUACAUUAGAAUGAUUAGCCAUGUUUUCUUU